GGCGCCCAGGGGCCGCUGACGCGUGAAGUGGAGGAUGGCUCUGGCCGCGGGGGCUCGGCUGGGGCGGCGGCUGAGCGGGCCGGGGCCGUGGCGAGGGCACUGGACGGCGGCCGGGCGCUCGCGGAGCCGGCGCGAGGCGGCGGAGGCCGAGGCGGCAGCACCGGUGUUCCAGUACGUGGGCGAGCGAGCGGCGCGCGCCGACCGCGUCUUCGUGUGGGGCUUCAGCUUCUCCGGGGCGCUGGGCGUGCCCACCUUCGUGGUGCCCAGCUCGGGGUCCGCGCCCGGCGCCGGCUUGCGCCCGCGCCGCCGGAUCCAGCCGGUGCCCUACCGCCUGGAGCUGGAGCAAAAGAUUUCAUCUGCUGCCUGUGGCUACGGAUUCACGUUGCUGUCCUCUAAAACGAAGGAUGUUACCAAAGUGUGGGGUAUGGGACUCAACCAGGAUUCUCAGCUUGGAUUUCACAGGAGCCCUAAAGAUAAAAGUCGGGGCUAUGAAUAUGUGUUGGAGCCCUCACCGGUCCCCCUGCCUCUGGACAGACCUCAGGAAACACGGGUGCUCCAAGUCUCCUGCGGCCGAGCGCACUCCCUCAUCCUGACAGAUGGCGAAGGAGUCUUCAGCAUGGGGAACAAUUCCUACGGGCAAUGUGGAAGAAAGGUGGUUGAAAAUGAAAUUUACAGUGAAAGUCACAAAGUCCACAGAAUGCAGGACUUCGAUGGACAGGUGGUCCAGGUUGCCUGUGGUCAGGACCAUAGCCUGUUCCUAACAGAUAAAGGAGAAGUCUAUGCCUGUGGCUGGGGCGCAGAUGGACAAACAGGUCUGGGUCACUACAAUGUCAGCAGCGUGCCUACCAAGCUGGGUGGAGAUCUUGCCGGCGUGAAUAUCAUCCAGGUGGCCACCUAUGGGGAUUGCUGCCUGGCCGUGUCUGCGGACGGAGACGUCUUUGGCUGGGGAAACUCUGAGUACCUGCAGCUGGCCUCCAUCACUGAUUCCACACAGGUGAAUGUACCCCGGUGCCUCCCCUUCUCAGGAGUGGGGAAGGUGAAGCAGGCUGCAUGUGGUGGUACCGGCUGUGCCGUGUUGAACGGAGAAGGUCAUGUUUUUGUCUGGGGCUAUGGAAUUCUUGGGAAAGGACCAAACCUACUGGAAACUGCUCUUCCAGAAAUGAUUCCACCCACUCUCUUCGGCUUGACGGAGCUCAACCCAGAAAUCCAGGUUUCCCGCAUUCGGUGUGGACUCAGCCACUUUGCUGCGCUUACCAGUGACGAUGCCUGGGGAGCCCGUGGAUGUGGCCUGUGGCGUGGAUCACAUGGUGACUCUGGCCAAGUCCUUCGUCUGAAUCGCCUCCCUUCCCAGCUCGAUCUGCCCUGGCCCCAGCACCACGGGAAGUGCUUAGUGGGGACCAAGGCGUGCCAGCCAGCCAGGGCUCCUGGUGGGGGUCGAAGGGGCUCAGAACCUUUUGUGACGUGUGGCUCUCCUGCAGCCCUUAGUGGGCAUGUGUUAGCAGUCUCGGGGACAUGGUCCCUUCUCCCCGCCAAGAGGGAAACCUGCUGAAUCCGGCACAGUGUGGCUUCCGUUGGGGCUACAGCUGUGCCCCUGAGGAGUGAGGGUUAAAGGCCCAGCCUGGGGAGGGUAGGGACAGUCUGCACUCUCAGCUCCGUCCAGGACAUAUGUGACAGCUUUUGAGCGCCCAUAGCACUGUGUUUGACGUAAGAGGUGGUCUGACAGAACUUGGUGCUCAGGAGGGCUUCAGCGGCCCCUGAGCACAGUGAUGGCUCGCUUUGUGUCGGGGAGGCUUGUGCUGCGCAAGGAUGAGCCCCGUUGAGGUGAGGAUGCCAGGCUGGUGGUUUCCAUCCACACCCACCUUGCUCCCCUGCCAUCCCUGGCCAGCUGCCCCCAGCCAGCUUGCUGUGGACACGAAGCCAGCCGCCUGCGCUACCUUGGGCGGGCUUCACCGUGGAGCCUGCGUCAGCCUUGUAACCAUUCUCACUGCCAGUUUUGAAAAGCUGAGAAGCUCCCACAGGAAGAAGAUCGAGGCCAGAUUCUUGUGGGCUGAGGGCUUUGAACAUAUCCCUCAAAAGCUUGGCUGAAGCACCAAGCCUUGGAGGAGGAUGAUUCAGAAAUUGUGAAAAACACUUGAUUUAAUAAUGUAACUUGUCUUUUUCUUGAAAAACAUCUUUGAAAAAUCUCUUUUGGAAUAAAAUAUAUUUUCUGCCUUUUUAUUUUUCAGAAGUGAAGGGGUCUUUAUUUUACUUGAUCAUUUAGAGAUUAGCUUUUUAAGAAAAAUUAUCAAAAGAUUAGCUUUUGAUACAGAGGCAAAUAAAAGCCAGCAACAAAAAUACUUUAGAAGACAGGCCUACUUAGAAAUGUUCUCUGGAUGGAUUCUACCCCGUAGUUCAACUGAGAGGGAAUAAUGAGAUGUAAAACAGCUCGUGUCCCUGGGUGGUGCAGACGGUUACCGCCCUCCACUGCUAACGAAAGGUCGGAGGUUGGAAUCCACUCGAAGGCACGGCAGAAGAAAGGCCUGGUGAUCUCCUGAAAAAUCAGCCACGAAAGCCCUGUGGGACACAGUUCUGCUCUGACACGUGGGGUCGCCGUGAGUCGGAAGCUACCCCAUGCGAGUGGUACUGGCACUGGUGAAGGAGUUGGUGCUCACACAUGCUGCUGCCAGCUCCCUGCUCCUCGUGGCAUCAGCAGACCUCUACUGUGUCCCUGAGGUGCUAGGGACAGGUCGUGACGCCGGUCGCAUGGCGACAAACUCCUGCGUCCUGAGGCUUAAAACCUCAAUAAGGAGACUGAGCAGAAACAGGUGCGGUACAGCGUGGGGCAGUCGUGCGGACCGUGGAGGAGAACGGCAGGGACGGGAGGUGUCGGUGGACCGUGGUUUGAAGUAGAAUGGCCACUGCCUAGGCGGUGUCCUGGCUGUGAGCGGAGGCAGCCGGGGGGUGUCCGUAGGGGCAGGAGCAGCCCCGUCACUGCAGCAGCAGGGACCCCUCAUCUGGGCAAGUGCCCCCUCCCGUUUCCCUGCGGCCAGGGGGUCGAGUCCUUAGGUUACCGCAGCAAAGGUGGUGUCCCGGCCGCUCCCUGGAUUCAGCGCAUGCACACGUGGAGACCUGUUAGGCCGUUGGCUCGGCUGCUGUGAUUUGUCAUUUUGUUCUGUGAAGAGUCAGUGUCACAGGCUCCUGAGUGAAGCAAGCCACCUGCCCACUCUGGUGCCUUUUCUGCCGUCCGCUGCUCCUGCUCCCAGCCCUGCCUGUCUGUACAUCUUAGGGGCUGCAGCCAAGGCCAGAAGAGCAGCCCCAGCUGUCAGCCUGAGAAGGUGUAGGAAUACCUGCCACUUGGUGGGGCCCCAGCGCCUCCCUCUAGAGACAGGGUCCUUCCCACGCUGCCUGGAUCUCAGUCUUCAGUCCUCUUGUACUGCCCGACAUGCUGGCCACUGCUCCACAGUGACUCCUGGGGACAGGAAUGGCUCUCACUGGCACAAAAAGUGUGAAAUCAGCUAUUAAGACACUUGGCGUGCUAGUUUCAUAAGGGUGUCAACCCCGGGCAUAUUCAGGAGAACCCGGUCAUAGCUCCUGUUUCCGGAAUCUGUGGGUGAUCCCCGUCCCCAUCAAUUCGGGAAAUACCACGUGCUUACUGUGUCCACAGGACAAAGCGGAGCCAGCCGCAUACCCUGAGAGAUCCACAGUUCAGAGGAUGCUAGCCUUCAAUGGUGGCUGGGGCUGCCCUCACCCAUCUACAGGACAAUCCUGCAGUCAGAGCUGUCGGAGCUGGAGUGUGGCCAGGCCCUUCUGAUGGCCUUCAGGACUACGCUCAGCCCCUGGCGUGGCACGUGGAGCAGCCACUUCUCCAGGGCCUGCAGAGUGGCUGUGCGCUUUGUGCUCACACCCUCCUUGAGGGCCCCACACCUGCUUCCUCUCCCCCAGGCUGCAUCACCCAGUUGCCAUCAGAUAGUCAUGCUGCCCCAUUGAGAAAUUCGAAACCUCACACACCAACCUCGAGACUUCACAUGGAGACAGCUCAGUCCAGGCGAUGCUUGAGCGGGAGACAGCAUAUGGGGUCCCUCCACCUGCACGCUUCUCAAAUCUGGGGCCAUACUGAGGGGUAUGCUCAAAAGUCACCUUUAAAGGGAUAAACCCAGAUCCUGUGGUCACCUUCCCAAACCAGGGAGGCAAGCAGGUGAAACGCAGGUGGUGGUGGGAGCUGCUGUGGCGAGGACAUCAUGCUCUGGUAGGGCCACGGUGGCAGUUAAAACACUAGGAGACCAGAGAGCAGAUCCCACAAAGCCAUGCCCAGCAGAAAAAUGCCCUGAACUAAGUCCACCCUGUGGACUACAGCAGAACGGACUCAGGCUAGUGGCACACGCUGGCUCCACAGCUGCCGCAGUUGGUCCUCAUUUCAGUGGGAGAAUCCUGACCAGGAAGCAUAUGCUCCCGGGGCCUUCUCUGCACCAGGACCUGCCAGCACUGGGGACCCAUGGUGAUAGGCUGCUAGCGUUCGAGCCUGCGCUCUGGGGCCCGCUGCUUUGACCGUCUGGUCUCAAGAGGGAGGAAAGACAGGAUGGGCCACCUGCCCUGCAGAACAGCAAAAGGAGCCAUGGCUACAGUGGGCCUUGGGGACUCCUUGGGGCAGAUUCUGUCUCCUAACCCUGGGCCUCUCACCUCGGCUGCACGAUACAGUCAUGUGCAGGGGAGCUUUUAAAGCCAAGGCCAGCUCAGACUCUGAGGCGGAGUCCAGGCCCAGGAGCAAGCUCCCAGGGCAGUGCUCAUGAGCAGCGAGGGUUGGGAGCCCUGCCAAGUAGACGCUAAUGCUGC